AUGUUUUCCUGGUGUUUCCAUAUUCGGACAACAGUCGAGAAGAUCCAGAUUGAUCGAGACGUUGAGAGAAUCACACCAAACCCGGUGAAUCAUUAUUUUGUUCUUGUCAAAGUUCGACCAACACCUGAAAUGCAGAUUUUCGAUUUGGGGUUGUUUGUCAAGUACAAUAAUAGAGAUCGUUUAGAGGUCGACUAUGUCACUCCCAACAGUCUUGCUUCAAUCCAUUUGAAAGCCGGAGACGUGAUUCGCGAAGUGAACACCCAACAAAUUUGCUCGAAAAGUAUGCUCCGUUACCAUAUCGCCAGUAGCAUCGGAUCCCACGGACUCUUCACUCUUCUCAUUGAAUCUCCGAUUCGUGACACCGUCAGAGAUCAUAUUGAUUUGGCAGACGACGUGGUGGGAAUUGCUGAUAAGGCUGCCGAAGAGUUUCGAAAACUGGGAAAGGGAUACGUUCCACAACCACCUAAGAACCCGAAUCACAAGAAGAAAAAUAAGAAUAUCAAGUUGAAAGAGGAGAAAACCGAACAUCAUAUUGUCAGUGAUAUUGAUCCAUCAAAGUUGAGACCGGCAACCCGUCAACUGCACGAGCGAGUAGCCGAGGUAUUCGGUCACAAUCUGUCCAGCAACAAGCCAGUCAAUGUGACGAAUUCCCAGUACGCGAAUCUCGUCGAACUACAGCUCGCAUCGAAGCCAACGCUCUCCAGCGAGAACUCACACCUCUUCAUCCCUCCAUUCUUCGAUCAUAGCCACGUGGCAACGAUUGAUAAGGUUGAUGUGACAACGGAGAUUCAGAAUAACACUCCGGCGAUGAUCUAUCAAAUCAAGUGGACCGAAAAGGCCCCCAAGUCGACGUCAUCUUCUUCAGAAUCAUCAUCUGGAUCCGUUAGAAAAGUGCCUGUUCGUCAGUGUUUCUCCUCUAAUUCUUCUGCGUCUUCCACGUCUUCUGCUGCUUCGUCAGACUCGUCGGAAGCGGAUUCCGAGCCAGUUCCGUUGGUGAAGAAGGCGUCGUCAAUGAUAAAAAUUUGUGGAAAAAUCCGUUGUGACGGUCCUUGUGCUCAAAUCGUCGAACAGACGAAAACCAUGCAGUUCGGAUGUGAUCAUGUGAUCUGUGAGAUGUGUCGUAAGAAAUCGCCAAGUGCCGCACUUUUCGAUGGUUCCCCGGGAUGUUGUAACGAGAGUUGUAUCAAGAUGGCCAAGGAGAAUGGGGAUAAGUUGUGUGUUGGACAAUCGGAUUCGCAGGUGUCGAUUUGUUCGAGAGUUGACGCUGUUGAAUCCAUCCCAACUCAUAUUUGUAUUCUCAAGAACUAUCGUCAUGACGUUCUUCGAACUGUGAUGGAGUUUGAGUAUCCGUCAAACGGACGUCUUCAGAUGAUUGUCAAAAGUUUGGCGUAUUAUAAAGACCUAAUUGGCAACUCUCGUUUUUACUACUGUAGCCGCAAACCGACUCAUCGUUCGGAUCUCCGUCCAAUCUCACUGACUGAUACGAAUCUUCGCUUUUACGAUAUUGUCGAUAUGAAAAAUGGACCAUACUUGUAUCUCAUUAUUGUCGCUCGGGAUAUUCAAUUUUGUUGA